AUGGUGCAUCCUAUGAAGGAGUGUUUGGACGCGCGUGGCUUGCAUCAAAAAAGCCGUGAUCGCGAGUUCACCACGUUUCUUGACUUGAAAAGCGACUAUCAUCACGAGUUUAUCAAUCGUCUGCGGGAACACGUCCAGAUCAACGGAUACCAGUGGGGAGAUGUCGAGAGAUCCGUGGUGGAGAGAGAAGCCUGUGCUUCGAGCUUUGUGGAAACCUGGGGUAAGCUUUACUGGGGUACCGAGUCCAACCGUCAGCAGCACCUGCUCCAGGAGUCAUUGGAUGAUCCCAGGCAUCUCUGUGUGUAUCCCGAUCGGAGGAAAGAGAUUGUUCGGGCCAUUAUGAUUCUUUUGGAGCGAAAAGCGAAAGGCGUCACCAGGAAUCAGGCAAGACAGUCGCUGGGGUCUACUGAGACGCCGUCAGCGGCCGCUGCUCGACAUGUUCCAGCUCCUUCGCCCAUGCCCAACUUAUCUCAGGGAGGCAAGGACAACAAAGCGAAGAGAAGAAGGUCCGAUGAUUCUGACCAAUCGUCUUUCGUCUUGGAUGAUGAGCCAAAACGCCUCAAGCCUCAACGUGUCUCUAAUAUACGACCAUUUCGCUCGAUUAUUGAUCUCCGAGGGGAGGGAGCCAAACAGAGCAAACCGAGUGCAGCAGCCCACGUAGCAGCGCCUGCGGUGAAGAAUUGUGCCAAGGCCAAAGAGAUCAAUUCCAUGAGCGAUACUAAAUUCUUGGUGACUUCCUCCAAUCAGUCGGGUAUGGCACCGAUCUGGAUUCCCUUCCAGGAUUUCCAGACGGCGUCUAGCUUCAUUUCCCACAUUGCUGAUGAAUGCACUUUAAGAUACUGGGACAGCCAUAUCAAGGCGCUCUCGAACUGGCAGGGAGAUACGCCUUUGCCGGCAGCAGUGGCGGCUUCUGUGAAGUUUGAAUGGUCCGACUUUGAAAUCCGUAUUCGUCCAGGAAAGGACCAGGAUUGGGCCUUCUUCAUGGAAGCGCUCCAGAGAGCAUGGAAGCACAAGAGUGAAGACCCCGAUGGAGGCCAUGGUCCACUUUUCAAAAUCUACGUGAUACUUCAUGUCAUGGAUAAAAGAGUUUCGUGA